AUGACGGUCCUCUCAAAAGCCUUGCUUUGGGGGCUCUCUACUCCGCUCCUUGCCUCUGCAUCAGCCAUCCGGCAGCAGCGCCGUUCCGUUCAGCAAGGAUGGUCUCUACAAUCGAGUAGCUGUCCAAGCGGAACGGAUUCCUGCGGCGGAGGAGGAUGUUGCCCGUCUAGCUUGUAUUGCUUUGCGGCUCUGAAUGAUGAAGUGGCUUCGUGCUGUGCUUCUGAUUCCGUCUGCGUGGGUGCUAUCGAGGGAUCUGUAAACUGCGCUGACUCGAGUUGGUCACUAUGGAAGGGUUUCCAAGGCAAUGGGUUCUGCUGUGAAGUUGGUUUGGUUGGUGUGUAUGAUAGUUCCGGCAGCGUUGCUGGAACGUGCGUCGCGUCUGAAUCUGUGGGAAGCUCGACCACCGCUGUCCUGAUGACUACUGGCACCGGAAGCGCUGUUACAUCCACUGCGACUACUACCACUUCAACAACUAAGCCUACCACGACCACCACUACUACCGGGCCUACGACUACCACCACUUCAACAACAACCGCUCCUACCACAAGUACUACUACUACCACCUCAUCUACGACUACUUCCACUAGCACCGCGUCUGCCAGCACUCGUGGAGUGUUUGCUCACUACAUGGUUGGCUCCAUGACUGCUGCAGAGGCUGUAACGGAUGUGAACGACGCUAUUGCCGCAGGAUUUGAUGGAUUCGCGUUGAACACUCACACGAUCAGUUCAAGCGACACAUGGAACACCAACGCGCUAGACUACCUGUUUGAAGCUGCCGCUGGAACGGACUUCAAGCUCUUUAUCUCGUUCGACAUGAGCUGGGGCCUGGAUGUUUCCAGCCUCGCAGGAUUCCUUGCCACCUAUGUUGCCAAGGAAGCGUACUAUUUUGUGGAUGGCAAGGCGUUCAUCAGCACGUAUACGGGCGGCACGAUCUCCAAUUCAGAGUGGGAUAAUGAUUUCAUCAUUCCUCUCCAAGAGACAUAUGAUAUCACCCCAUAUUUCGUGCCCAACUUCGGUGACUAUUCCGGCUACCCCACUGGAGUAUUUGAUGCCUUUCCUAUCCUCUCUGGUGUAUUCACUUGGGAGUCGGCCUGGCCAUAUUCAGGAAACACCCCUGAGAAUGUGAGUGACACCGUGGAUGCUGAAGCACUGGCUGAGGCACACGCAGCUGGAGCUGUGUAUAUGAUGCCUCUCUCAUCCUUCCAGUUCAAAUAUCUCGGCUCCGGCCAGGACUGGUACCGCAUUGGUGAAGAUAACUUGCCCCAGCGCAUGGGACAGAUUCUGAACCUACAGCCCGACUUUGUCGAAGUGCUCACCUGGAAUGACGCAGGCGAGAGCCACUACGUCGGCGACUUCUGGGCCGAGCAAAUCGCUGGCACCGAUGAAGGAGCGUACGCCGAUGGUUUCGAUCACAAGGGCUGGCUACAGAUCAUCACCCCGUUCAUUGAUGCCUAUAAGUCCGGUGCCACGGAAUUAUCUCAGAUAACUCCUCCAGACAGCACCCCUGUUGGUACGCUCUGGUACCGCACGCUUCUGACGACCGCGAGCUGCUCGUCCAGCAUUUCUAACUACGAGUCUGCCCUCGAUGCUGUGAACUUUGCCGUCAUCCUGCCAUCUGACGGUUAUACAAUCAAUGUUUAUAGCAACUCAGAGUUAAUUGGUAGCUACGCUGGUGUCACUGGUCUGAAUUACAACAGCGUUCCCGGCCUCCAGGUUGGCAGCGGCCAGUAUAUCCAGGUCUUGGAUAGCGCAAGCAAUGUCGUGGCAAGUGCGACCGGCACAAAGGAUGUGGCUGCAGAAAGCACCUCUAGCGUUUGCAACUGGAACUACGAGGUUGUUGGUCUAUCUUCAUAA